CCUAUAUUUUUACCUUCAAUAACACUGCCGUCUGCUGGUAGACUGUGGUACUACACCCGAAGCUGCGCCCGCCUGUGACGUCACGGUUGUCGUGCAGUGGAGUUUUUUUUUUUUUUUUUUUUUAGUGUGCAGGCAACCGCAAGAAAUGGAUGUGUUUUUAAUGAUCCGACGCCACAAGACAACCAUCUUUACGGAUGCCAAAGAGUCCACCACAGUCUAUGAACUAAAGCGCAUUGUCGAAGGCAUUUUAAAGAGGCCACCUGAGGAUCAAAGGCUUUACAAGGACGAUGUGCUGCUUAACGACAGUCAGACUCUUGGAAAUUGUGGCUUCACAAAUCAAACAGCCCGACCUCAGGCUCCAGCCACAGUGGGAUUAGCUUUUCGUCUCAGCGAUGAUUCAUUUGAGCCGCUGAGGAUCGAGUCCUUCUCCACUCCCCCAGAACUUCCUGACGUGAUGAAGCCUCAGGAUUCUGGAAGCACAGCCAACGAGCAGGCAGUACAGUGAAGGACGGAGCCAUAAAACAAGAAGUCCACAGAAAGGGGUUCGAAGGGAGGGCGUAGGGGGACAGGGUGGGGAAGUGAUGCCUCGGUGAAUGACAUUUUCCUAUGCUGACAACAAUUUUCAAGCGAGGCAUAAAUAAUUAGAUUUCCCUUAAAUUUGAGGGGACUUUAAAGUAGUUUAUUUGUCUUGAAGUUAAUGAGGGCAUGUUAAAUAAAACAUAUAUUUUUCACAAGAUACCCUGCAGAGAAACCUGAUGGACAUGUCACAACACUGUCAGCCAUCCAUGGGAUUAGUGACGGCUGAAACCAAGAAACGGACCUCUUAUUUAAUGAAUUCUAGUCUUUAUUUGGACUAAGGUUAGGUCUGCCUUGCUUGUGGUCUUUGUUUUGCUGGCUUUUUUUUUUUUUUUUUGGCUUUUUGUGUUUGUGUGUUUCUUUAUUUACUAUAAGUAGGAUCGAUAUUUUGUUUUUGUCUUUUGCCUGGAUAUGUGUUGCAUUCAUAAAUGGGAGUGUAUGAAUUUCUAAGUUACCGUUUGUAUUUCAAAAACUUCUGAACAAUACUCUAAAAUAAAAAGAGAUCCACUGGUUUUUAUUACUCUGACCGAUCAGUAGUUAAUAUUUUCAUCAGCAGAUACUGAAACUGAACCCAUGUGUUGAUGGAGGACUGAAGAACAUUUCUGUCUCACAUCGGACUGUAGUCCAUGAAAUUUUGGAGAUUGUGGUUUUUAACAUUUUAAUGAUGCAUUAAAUCACUCAUUGCUGCAGUUUCUGUUAGUUCCCCCUAAGUUUAGAGCCAACAUGUUUGUUUAAAUGGACGUGAAACUCCUGGUCAAAGAAAAUUGAAAUCAUAGUGGUUUUUUUUUACCUAAAGGAAAGAGUAAUCUGACCUCUGAGAUGUGGAAUGAAAGUUUAACGCUUUGUUUAAGCAUGUUUGCAAAUUCAGGGUGUUAAACAGGUGGACAUAACUAGAGUUACACUUGUAACUGAUGUAACAUUAAAACAAUUGUUUUUCA